UGACAGCCAUGGUGCAGAGGGACAGCUGGACUGGGCUGAAUGACCUAGAUGGCGACGGCAGCUGGACAUGGGCAGUGGCUCAGCACGCAGAUGGUGCUGCUCCCUGGCUGGCCGAUGUGCCGCUCCUUCCGGGAGGCUGCCUGAGCAUCGGAGCCCCGGGGGAUUCUGGCCUUACCGUGUCCAACUGUUCAGGACUCAAGCCCUGGGUCUGCGAAGGAGCGGAGGUUCCCUGGAGCCGCUGCCCCACGGAGCCUGGCUGGAGACACUGGAAUGGUAGCUGCUACUACCGGGACUCGUCCUUGGCCGGCAGCACCUGGCAGGAGGGGCUGCAAGUGUGUCGGCAGUUCCGACAGACAGAGCUGCUGUAUCUGACCUCGCGCCAGGAGAAGGACUGGAUAUGUUCAAACUUCAGGGGUGCCUUCUGGACAGGCCUGAAUGAUCAGACGGAUGAAUCCGUAUUUCAGUGGACUACACGCGAUCCCAUCACCUGGCAGCUCGCGGAGCACUUACGAGACGACCUGGCGGACGGCGGCCUGAAGGAUUGUGUGUGGCUGGAUACAGCAAGCGGACUUCUAACGGAUGCCAGCUGUGAGGAGAGAAAGCCGUUCAUCUGCAAGUGCAGCGAGGAUACCGAGUGGUUUGUGAAGCAGCCUGGCCGGGGCGUGGUGGGAGACCCAGCAUUCCUGCACCCCUCUGCCGAGAGCCUGGAACAGGCCAAGCAGGAGUGCCUCCGUGAGAGGAGUGUGUGCGCAGGCGUUCUGCAGGCUGGGACAGGCGUCUACCUGAUCAGCUCCAAGGCUGGCAUCAUCUCCCGACCCAACUCCACACUCUACAUAUGGACCAUAUGUGCUGAGGGGUUCAGCGGCCUGCGCUGUCAUAGAUACACUGCCCCCCAAGAGCGACCCCCAUGUGAUUGCAGUGGCAGAGUCCGGGUGUCGGCAACCCAAGUGUGUGGUGUCCCUGUGCAGAGCUGCAUUGACUACUGUCGCCACACAACGGCCCAGAGCAACUGCUCCCUCUGCCUGCCUCUCUGCUCUGACUCCAGCCUGGGCCUCCUGGACCCCGAGGAGCUGGCUGUGGUAUCCAUGGUGCAGUUCAAAGUGUCGCAGUCCCUGAACCUCACCUCGGAGGAUGAGCGUGAUCAAACAAAUGCAUCUAAAAUCAUCUACCACAGCGAAUUCCCCUGAGCAAUCAGUGCCUCAGGGAAUGCUGGGAAAGGGCGGCCCAGUGCUCGUCUUUCAAAGGUUCCCCCGGUUCUUUCCUUUCCCAUUCGGUUUUGUGCUGCCGUUCUGUUGUAAACGUGCUGGGGGAAGGGGGUCAAUGUAAUG